AGCUCAUUGGCUGCGAGGUGUGCCGGGUAGCACUACGGACCUGUGCCGCGGGGGCCUCUGGGAGGGCGCCCUGAGCCCAGCGCUCUCUGCACGCCCGCAGGGGCACCCCCGUCGCCCCCCCUCGCCAGCGAAGGCGGCGGGAUGCGGCCUGCAGCGGCGGUGGGGCUGCUGCGGCUGGGCCGGGCGAGCUACGGGGCGUCCCUGGCGGCGCAGGAGCGGUGCGUGCGGCGGCAGCUGGAGAAGGAGGGCCGCGGCGGCGGAGGCAGCGAGGACCGGCUGCUGCUGUGGGAGCCGGCCGGGCCCGUCUACACGGUGGGGCUGCGCGGCAGCGGCAGCGGCGGGGCCGAGGAGGCGGCGGAGGAGGAGCGGCGGCUGCGGGCGCUGGGCGCGGGCUUCGAGCGAGCGGGGCGCGGCGGGCUGUGCACCUUCCACGGGCCGGGCCAGCUGGUGGCCUACCCGGUGCUGGACCUGCGGCGCUUCGGGCUGCCCCUGCGGGGCUACGUGGCCGCCCUGGAGCGCCUGGCCGUGGCCGCCUGCCGCCGCCUGGGCCUCCGCCACGCCCGCGCCCUCCCGCCGCCCCACACCGGCGUCUGGCUGGCGGGCCGGAAGGUCUGCGCCAUCGGCAUCCGUUGCGGAAGGCAUAUUACCUCACAUGGCUUGGCUCUGAACUGCUGCACGGACUUGACUUGGUUUGACCACAUCGUUCCUUGCGGGCUGGAAGGGAAGAAGAUGACCUCUCUGAGCCAAGAGCUGCAAAGACCUGUCUCUGUGGAAGAAGCCACGGAGCCCUUCCUGGCUGCCUUUCAAGAGGUGUUUCAGUGCACCCUAACCCUUGCCGAAGAACCUAUCUAGGCCAACGAAUUGUGCUGGUUUCUAGGUGUUGCUGGGAACACCGAUUCCUCUUCUCAGCAUGAGAGGCUGCAAAAAUGUGAAACCAGCUAUAUGCCUUUUGUACCAGGGCGUGUCAGUAUAAACUUGAAAGUGUGGAGCUGCCCUUCCCAAGGAAUCCUAAGAAUUCUACUUCUUUGUGGGGAGGAAAUCUAAAGACCCUUAACAGAGAAUUGACAGUAUCUCCAAUACAACUACAGUUCCCAGGGGGACAGUUAAAAUGGAUUAAAGCACUUUAGAGUUUGUGAUGUAAAUAGGGGAUCAGGACGUCUGAUUGUUUCAGUAAAUGGAAUCAUGUGCCUUUAAAUAUAUUCUAUAUUUGAA